GUUGGGCGACGUGUCAUUCUUCUUUCGGUCGGUGGUGUUGUAAAAAGUCAAAUUGAAAUUUUUUCUUGCCGAAGAAAAAUUCUCAAAAAGUGUGGAGAAAACACCCUAAAGGACGAACGAAUGUUCUCUAACAGCAACCCAAGUGUUUAACAAACUACCUUCUUUCCUCGAUUGAAUCAAAAUUUAGCAUUUGGAAAAAAUUUAUCACAAGAAAAAAUGAAUCGCCCAGCGAAGCUGCUCAAUCGCAAAGCAGCUGGCUAUAGUAGUCUUAUCACAUUUGCAGUACUCCUAAUAGCUUGGUUGGCUGGCUUUGCAUCUCGUUUGUUUGCUGUGAUUCGUUUCGAGAGCAUCAUCCAUGAGUUCGAUCCGUGGUUCAAUUACCGCGCCACCGCAUUUAUGGUCGAACAUGGUUACUAUAAGUUUCUUAAUUGGUUCGAUGAGCGCGCCUGGUAUCCACUUGGUCGGAUUGUCGGGGGCACUGUGUAUCCUGGAUUGAUGAUAACGUCGGGAGGUAUUCAUUACAUUCUGCAUGCAUUGAAUAUCCCGGUUCAUAUUAGGGAUAUCUGUGUGUUUUUGGCUCCCGUAUUCAGUGGCCUUACAUCGAUUUCCACCUAUUUGCUGACCAAGGAACUCUGGUCUCCCGGUGCAGGACUUUUCGCUGCCAGUUUUAUUGCUAUCGUGCCCGGUUACAUCAGUCGGUCGGUAGCGGGAUCCUACGAUAACGAGGGAAUAGCAAUUUUCGCCCUUCAAUUCACGUACUAUCUGUGGGUGAAGUCGGUGAAAACGGGCUCAGUAUUCUGGUCAUCGAUGGCGGCUCUAUCGUACUUCUACAUGGUAUCGGCUUGGGGUGGUUACGUUUUUAUUAUCAACUUGAUUCCCCUGCACGUGUUCGUGUUGCUUCUUAUGGGAAGAUACUCGCCAAGACUGCUCACCAGUUACACCACGUUCUACAUUCUGGGGCUCUUGUUCUCAAUGCAGAUUCCAUUCGUUGGCUUCCAACCGAUUCGAACCAGCGAACACAUGGCCGCAAUGGGAGUAUUCGUGCUCCUCCUGGCAGUGGGUGUCCUCAAGCACCUGCAGACGAUCCUGUCAAAGACUGAGUUCAAGCGGCUCUUCAUUGUUGGCGCUCUUGUAGCUGCUGCUGUGGUAUUCCUCGCAGUCGUUGCUCUCACCAUGAUGGGUGUUGUGGCUCCAUGGAGUGGAAGAUUCUACUCGCUUUGGGACACUGGCUACGCAAAGAUUCACAUUCCAAUUAUUGCAUCAGUAUCGGAGCAUCAACCUACAACGUGGUUCUCGUUCUUCUUCGAUUUACACAUCUUGGUUUGUGCAUUCCCCGUUGGACUCUGGUACUGCAUCAAGAAGAUCAACGACGAGAGGGUGUUUGUGGUGCUCUACGCCAUCAGCGCUGUCUACUUUGCUGGAGUUAUGGUCCGAUUGAUGCUCACGCUAACACCAGUUGUGUGUAUGUUGGCAGGUAUUGCGUUCUCCUGUCUUCUCGAGGUUUUCCUCAAGGAAGACAGUUCACCCAAUAAGGCCGCAGAUGAAACCGAAGACACUUCAGCCGAGAAGAAAAAUAUGUAUGAUAAGGCUGGAAAGUUAAAACACAGACCAAAGCAUGAUUCUGCUCAUGAAGGAGCUGCUGGUAUUGGGGCUAAUCUUAAGAGCGUUGUCAUUCUGGCCAUUCUUAUGCUUCUGAUGAUGUUCGCUGUUCAUUGUACUUGGGUCACUAGCAACGCCUAUUCAAGUCCAUCUAUCGUCCUCGCUUUCCAUAACAGUCAAGAUGGAUCUCGCAACAUUCUCGAUGAUUUCCGUGAGGCUUACUACUGGCUCUCCCAAAACACCGCUGACGACGCUCGCAUCAUGUCCUGGUGGGAUUAUGGUUAUCAGAUAGCGGGAAUGGCAAAUCGAACGACACUUGUGGACAAUAAUACUUGGAAUAAUAGUCACAUAGCUCUGGUUGGCAAAGCAAUGUCUUCAACUGAAGAAAAAUCAUACGAAAUUAUGACCUCAUUGGAUGUUGACUAUGUUUUAGUCAUAUUUGGUGGCGUAAUUGGAUAUUCUGGAGAUGAUAUCAACAAAUUCUUAUGGAUGGUUCGUAUUGCUGAAGGUGAACAUCCCAAGGAUAUCAGAGAAAGUGACUACUUUACCGAUCGUGGAGAGUUCCGUGUUGAUGCUGAAGGUGCUCCAGCCCUUCUUAAUUGUCUAAUGUACAAAUUGAGCUACUACAGAUUUGGAGAAUUGAAAUUGGAUUAUAGAGGCCCAGCUGGUUAUGAUAGAACUCGAAAUGCUGUGAUUGGCAAUAAAGAUUUUGAUCUCACUUAUCUAGAGGAAGCAUACACGUCCGAGCAUUGGUUAGUGCGCAUUUACCGGGUGAAGAAACCACAUGAGUUUAAUCGCCCGGCAAUCAAGACCACCGAUAGAGCUGUUUCCUCAGGCAACUACGUUUCCCGAAAGAAUUCCAAGAGGAGGAAAGGUUAUAUCAAGAACCGACCAGUCGUUGUCAAAGGCAAGCGAACAAGAAAGUAGAGAGAUUUUUGUUUUUCUAAUAAAAGAGUGAGAGACGACAAACUAUCACAAAAACAAAACAUUAAGAGAAGCUCCUUAAAAUAAAAGCAAAAACUUUUACUUCUAAUUAAAUUUAGUUACAAACGCUAUAACUGUAUUUUGUUCCAUCCUUAUUAAACAUAAUUUUCUACUUUAAAAAUGAGAAAAAACUUUCGCACGAUGAAUAGAUCGAUCGGGGGUAAUUUGUAUCUCUUUUUUUCAGCUUGAAAGAGACACAGUUUCCUUGACCAAAUUUAACUUACAGGAAGCAAAGAGUUUUGACUAAUUAAGUCAUAAUUAAUAAUUUAUUUUUUGCUCUUUUUCUGUGAGCACAAUGGUCCCCGAAAUUACUAUUCACGAAUUAUUUAAGAAAACAAAUAAUUAAAUUUAGUAUACUUUUCAUUAAAUUUUUGAAUAGUAACAAUAUGCAAUUGAAUUUGGAUAGUUAGUAAGGUUCUUUUUUUUUUUUGGUUUCGUUUGUCAUUUAAUGUUCAAGUAUAAUUCCGAAAUCUUUAAGGAAAAUUUUAAAUGAAAAAAAAAAAACAAAAAACGUAAUAAUUAAAACACAAAUUGUAACUUAAAAUGUAUUGUUUUUGUUAAAUAGAGAAAAAAAAACAACGGAAACGUAAUAAAGUGAAUCCCUGCACUUUUUUUAAAAACAAA